AUGGCUGCUAAAAAGAAGUCUUCAGGAGCCGCCGCUGUAGCUGCUGCUGCGGCUGCCUCGAAGAAGGACAAGUCCCUCUUUUCUGUGGAUCCUGUGUCCACUCCAGCAUUCGCCAAGGGUUCUGUCAGAAGCUUCGUACUCACUACCGAGCUGCAACCAAAACCAAAGACUAGAUCUCUUAUCUCACAAGAAUACGUGCUUCUUGCUGUGCUUCUUGCUGCAUCUGUCUAUGUCCGUUGUAAGGAUCUCUUAGCUCCAUCCUCGGUUGUGUUCGAUGAAGUUCAUUUUGGUGGAUUUGCUAGAAAGUAUAUCCUUGGUGAAUAUUUCAUGGAUGUUCAUCCACCAUUGGCCAAGAUGUUAUUUGCUGCCGUUGGUGCUGCCGCUGGAUUCAAGGGUGACUUUGAAUUCAAGAAGAUUUCCGAUGAAAUUCCAGGUACCUACUACUAUUAUAUGAGACUUUUCCCAGCUGUUUUGGGUGUUGGUACCAUUUUACUUUGUUACCUCACAUUGAGAUCUUCUGGUUGUCGUCCUAUUGUUUGUUUGGUCACCGCAUCCCUUUUGGCCAUUGAAAAUGCUAACGUGACUCUUUCUCGUUACAUUCUUCUUGAUUCUCCACUUUUAUUCUUCAUUGCUGCUUCCAUUUACGCAUUGAAGAAGUUUGAAGUACAGAAGCCAUUCACCUUAGGUUGGUACAAGGCCUUGAUUGCCUGUGGUAUCUCCUUGGGUCUUGCUGUUUCUUCUAAGUGGGUUGGUCUCUUUACUAUUGCCUGGGUAGGUGUCUCGUGUUUGUACCACCUUUGGUUCAUUGUUGGAGAUUUGACAGUAUCUACCAAAUCAAUUGCUCACCAUUUCAUUGCUAGAGGUGCCAUUCUUUUGGGAAUCCCAAUGACUCUUUACUUGGCCUUUUUCGCUGUCCAUUUCAAGGUCCUUGUUAAUGAAGGUGCUGGUGGUGUCUACAUGACUCCUUCUUUCAAAUCCUCUUUGAUUGGUAACUCCAUUCCAAAGGAUAUUGUUGGAAAUGUUGGUAUUGGUUCUAUUGUUACCCUCCGUCAUUUAGACACUCAAGGUGGUUACUUGCACUCUCAUAACCACUUCUACCCAGCUGGUUCAAAGCAACAACAAAUCACCCUUUAUCCACAUAUUGAUUCCAAUAACAAUUGGAUGAUUGAACUUUACAAUGAAACCGAAAUUUCCCCUGAAUUUGUCCCAUUGACUGAUGGUAUGAAGAUUAGACUUAAGCAUGUUAACACCGGUAGAAGAUUACAUUCCCAUGAUGAAAAGGCCCCAGUUUCUGAACGUGAUUGGCAAAAGGAAGCCUCUUGUUAUGGUUAUGAUGGAUUCCCUGGUGAUGCUAAUGAUGAUUUCACCGUUGAAGUCGUCAAGGAAAGAUCUGAUAAGGAUGCCUUGACUGAAGUUAAGGCUAUUAAGACUGUCUUCCGUUUAAGACAUGCUAUGUCUGGUCAUUAUCUUUUCUCUUCCCCUGUCAAGUUACCAAAGGAUUGGGGUUUUGAACAACAAGAAGUCACUACUGCCUCCCAAGGUGCUAGACAUUUAACCCAUUGGUGCAUUGAAACCAACACCAAUGAAAGAGUUAAUGACACCAUUCGUGAAAUUGUUAACUACCCAACUUUGUCUCUCUGGGAUAAAUUCACCGAAUCCCACAAGAGAAUGUGGCAAAUUAACCAAGGUUUGACUGAACAUCACACUUGGCAAUCCCACCCAACUGAAUGGCCUUUACUUAUGAGAGGUAUCAACUAUUGGGUUAAGGAUAACCGUCAAGUUUACUUGAUUGGUAACGCUGUUGUUUGGUGGUUGAGUACUGCUGGUAUUGUUACUUUCAUUAUUCAUAUUGGUAUUUCCAUUCUUAAGUGGCAAGCAGGUCAAAAGGUUGCCACUGACAAGAAUGUUUACAAUUUCAAUGCUCAAGCUUUCUCCUACGUUGUUGGUUGGUUGUUGCAUUAUGCUCCAUUCUACAUCAUGGGUAGACAAUUGUUUUUGCAUCAUUACAUCCCUGCCGCAUACUUUGGAAUCUUGGCCUUAGGUCAUAUUUUCGAAGUAUUGAUUGGUUACCUUUCUAGUGGAUCCAAGAUUUUCCGUAGAGCUUCAUAUGGUGUUUUGGCACUCAUUUUGACUCUCAGUUUGUUGUUUUACAUUAAUUACUCAUCUUUGAUCUAUGCUACCCCAUGGACCAAAGAAAGUUGUAAGGCAUCCAAGGCUUUAGGUACUUGGGAUUUCGAUUGUAAUGCAUUCCACAAUGAAUACAUUGAUUACUCAGCUUCUUCUCUGGCUGCUUCUGACUCUCUUGAACCAACUCCUCAACCAAUUGAAAACCAAGAGGAAGGUUCUAGAGUAGAAGAAACCCCACAAGCUGCUCAACCUGAACCUAUUAUUGAAGAACGUUCUACUGUACAGGCUGAAGAAGCGGAUGUUGUUGAACAAGAAGAAAUUCCAGUUGCCCCUCCAGCUGCUGUUGAUGUUGAUUCUGAAACCCCAAUUGUUGAUGAACAAGUGGUUGAACAAGUUCAAUCUGUAGCUGAAGAAGCUACUGAAAAAGUUGAAGAAGUUAUUGAGGAAGAAGUAGAGCCAUUUUAUGUUGCUCCACCAGUGGAAGACAUCGAGCCAACUUUCGUUGAUCAUGUUGCUGAACAAGCUCAGGAAGCUGCUGAACCAGUUGUUGAACAAGCUCAAGAAGCUGCUGAACCAGUCGUUGAACAAGCUCGAGAAGUAGUUGAACAAGUUGCUGAACAAGCCCAAGAAGCCGCUGAACCAGUCGUUGAACAAGCUCAAGAAGUUGUUGAACAAGCCCAAGAAGCUGCUGAACCAGUUGUUGAACAAGCUCAAGAAGUUGUUGAACAAGCCCAAGAAGCUGCUGAACCAGUCGUUGAGCAAGCUCAAGAAGUUGUUGAACAAGCCCAAGAAGCCGCUGAACCAGUUGUUGAACAAGCUCAAGAAGUUGUUGAACCAGUUGUUGAACAAGCUCAAGAAGCUGCUGAAUCAUUCUAUGAUGCAGUUGCCGAACAAGCUGAACCAGUCGUUGAACAAGCUCAACAAAUUGUUGAAGAAGUUACUGAAAAAUCUCAGUAA